AUGUUUAUCCACGAGCUCCAUUCAUUCACAGCACACAAAUCAAACCUAGCAUUCCCCACAGCGCCACCGCCGACGAUCUUCUUCUUCUCCUUUCCUCACCCACAGCGCCACCGCCGGCCACUCUAACCGCCGCAGCUACUUUCUCCUUCUUCUCCUCUUCUUUAAACACUGAACCAGUAGAAUACAGCCCCUGUGUCUCUCGUUCGCAGAACAAAGCAAGCUCAAGCUCCACCACCGCCGCGCCUCUCUCUCCUUUUAUCCCCUUCAGUUUUGGCUCGCAUACCUUCGCGCAAGCCCUAGCUCCGUGGCGACCAAAAUCGGUUCCACCGUCAGCCGCGGUUCCACCUCUCUCUUGCCCCCUGUUCGAACCGAUAUGGUGCGUGAACUAGGGUUUUGGUUUUGUGGCAGUGGUUGUUCAUCGGAGAGCCACUGGCGAUGCUCCUAUUCUCAAGCAUUCUAAAUUCAAGUAUUAGUUUGGGAGGGAAAUUGACAAUGGUGGAUCUUCCUGGUAUAACUAGGGUUCCUGUUCAUGGCCAGCCUGAAAAUAUCUAUGAUCAGAUCAAGGAUAUUAUCAUGGAGUAUAUUAGGCCUGAAGAGAGCAUUAUUCUGAAUGUUCUUUCUGCUACCGUUGAUUUUACUACUUGUGAAUCCAUAAGAAUGUCUCAGUCUGUGGAUAAAACUAGUUUGAGAACCUUGGCUGUUGUAAUAAAGGUUGAUAAGUCUCCUGAAGGCUUGUUGGAGAAGAGGCUAGUUCAAGUUCAAGGCAUGAUCAUAUCCAAAACUCUGUCCGAAAUUGUGAAGGAAAUCAAUGAGAAGCUGACUUACAAGCUGACUUAAUUUCACCAAGAUGCUCAACCAGAAGUUCUCCCUCAAUCACAGGUACCUCUUCAUAUCUUUUAGCUGACUUCAAAUUAAAUUAUGCAAAA